UGCGUGCAAUAUAUUUAAUUAUUGUUCUGCAUGCAAGAAUAUACAUACUAUUUUAGCAAGUACUUUAUUUCUGAAAUGGAUGUUUAUUGAUCUUAGUUCUUAAAAUGUUUGCAAAAUCCAAUAAGGUUCAGUUCCAAGAUCAACAACUCGACGACUAUGUUCUUGAGAAUUCUGUACUUAAAAGCAAACUCCAGAGUAAAAUUGAUGCUUUAUCAAUAAUGAGCAAAGAACUGGAUAAAUGCAGCAUGGAGCGUGAUAGGUAUAGAUUGCUCGUUGAGCAAAUACAAAGCAAGAAAGUUGUUUUUAAAGAACCAAACAACUUCAACAGAUUUACACCUACAAAUACUAUAAGUGGCAGUGAAAUAUUAGCUAAAACUAAAGACCAUAAUAAUGCACUUAAAAUAGAGGUAGAGUCUCUAAGAAGUAAACUAGAAGAAGCUUAUGGAGACAUUUCAGCUUUAAGAAAGCAACUGCAAAAUUAUAAUUUAGUGGAUGGCUACAGCACAGGGAAAAUAUUUUGUCCUGAAUCUCCAUGCAAUAGCAAAGAAUUUGAGAAAUUAGUUCAAGAUUUAGAAGGAAUUCAAAAGAAGUAUCGGCAGAUCCAGUCAGAUUAUAGAGCAACUUUAGAUGAAAAAGAAGAACUUGUGUCUGACCGUGAUUAUUAUAAAAACAAAGUGCAAAGAUUGAAUCAACAAAUUAAUUAUAUACUUACAAACAGAAUGAAAAAACAAGAGAAUACUUCUGAUUCUAAUGGAAGUGUUGAUUCACCAAAACCAGUUGUUGACAUUGAUGCAUUAGUUGCUGAAAAUAAAUACCUCAAUGAGAGGCUAACACAACUGCAGGUAGAGAAAGAGAUUUUUAAAAGGAAUUUAACUAAAUAUAAGUUUUUUCAGACCUUACUGGAAAAUCGUGGUAAAAACCAGCCAACAAAUUUAAAAAAAGGAGUAGGAGAUGUAAUGACUCAAAAACAAGUUCGAGAAUACUUGGAUAUUAAUUCCAAAACAGGUUUGAAAAGGAGUUCUGCCGCUGAAUUGAAAUCUCUGUGUCUUGGUUUGUUUGAAGCAUUAAAUGACAAAUCUAUAGCUCUUCAACAUCAGCGAAAAACAAAUCAGAUAUUGGCAAGCAGAAUCACAGAAUUAGAAAAAACUCUUGAAAGUUGGAGCAAUGGGCAGAAGUGUAUACCUAUAUUCCCCUCACAAAUGCUGAUUGAGGAUGUUCUUAAUGACUCCAGUUCCACAAAAUCUGAUGAGCAAGACAGAAACUACAAGGAACAUCCUAUUAAGGAAAAUACCGUUAAUUCAGAUGACGAAAAUGAAGUCAGCAAAGACACAGAGUAUUGUUAUGACAGUAAAUAUACAGAAAACGGUAGCGACAGACCAUAUUUGUCUUCAAAAACAAUUUUGCCCUUUGAAUUAGAAGAGUUGGUUCAAGAAGCAUUGGCAGAAUUGAAAGCUGAACAUUGAUGCUGUUUCUUUUCAUCUGAGGUACCUGCUAAUCUAAAUUUGAUCUAUCAAUUUGGUGAUAAAAUUGAAUGCAAAGUCUUAUUCACAAACGGGUAAAAUGAUAUUUGAACAUUUCUCUAACAUAUUAUAUUAUUGUCUAGUCUAAUAUGC